AUUUUAAGAUUUAAAAGGAAAAUAUGCCGAAAUCACAAAAACUGCAUAAAACUAUUUUAUUUUUCAACCUCUUUGGCAAGCAGAAAAAUAUCCUUUUUAAAACUCUUUAUAAAAAUAAAUAAAAUCAGCAAACAAAGCAAAAAAAACAUAAGAAAGGAAAAGAAAAACUGCAACAGCACAAACACUUUUAAUACCCAAUGUGUUGUUGCAUGCUAUCAACUACAAUAAUCUGAAAGUAAAGAAAGCAACAGCAGCAGCAGCAUACACACAAAUUGCAGUAACAACAAAAUCUGUUAUUAUAACAAUAUACAAAAUAUACUUUACUCAGCUUUAAAUAUAAAAAAACCUCCCUACUCACCCACAAUAAGCUACAUUUUGAAUGCAACAUACUAUAUAUGUAUGUGUGUAUGCAAAUGCAACAGAAGAAGUAGAAGCAGAAAGUAUUUGUUAAACGAAGGGAGUAAAACACAUCAACAGCAUAAACUUUAGCAAUAACAACAAUAUAAUCACCAUAGCAAUUAAAGUACUUGCAACAGCAGCAACACUAGUUGUAGUAACAACAAAAAUAAUAAACAAAUUUACUACGUUGUUGUCGUUUUUGGUGUGUGUUGUGUUGUUGACGUCGACGUCGUCGUCAUCAUCAUCGUUGUCAUCGUCAUCGUUGGUGGUGGCAUCAUCAUGACCCGUUUUAAAAUAAAAAACUUAAAAAUUCUAUCUUCUUGUUGUCUGACUCUAUGGUUUGCCAUAUUUGGCGCCUUGCAAUUGGUGCGAUGUAGUGAAUUUCCUGAAAGAGAAUGUUGUGAUUUAACAACAACAUCAACAGUGAGUCCCUUGCCAAUACCGCCUGUAGUCCUACCAACGGAUAAGACAUUGUCAGCAACAACAGCUGUACAAACAAUACCAACGGGCAGAUCAGGUUCAAAUAUCAAAGUUGCUUCGGCGAUUUUAAAUUGUAUAUUAGCACGUCAAUUAUGUUUUGAAGAUCCAUCAUGUUCAGCAAUAUUAGAAAUAAUACCUAGAGUAUGCGGUCCAAUACCAGUAUCCUGCAGUACAGUAACUGUAACAAAAUGCCAAGCGGCUUUAAGAACCCUACAAGCCUUUCAGUUCUUUCGUCCUACAUGCCUGUGUAAAGAGCCUGGCAUGGAUCCAGAUUGUAAUCAUUUUAGAGAUUUCCUAUUCGAUCAUCCUUGUGGAUUUGUGCUUAAAAAAGCCGAAAGAGAUCCAUAUCCUAUAGAUGCAUUGCCAACAUGCAAUCAUGCCUUAUCAGUGUGUCAGCAAGAGAAAAAAUGUCUAAAACUUUUCGAAGAUUUUAAGGCUCAUUGUAAAGUUCGAGACAAUAAAUGUAAAAUGGAAAACAGAGAUGCAUGUCAUGAUUCUUGGACAAAUCUGAGAUUAUCACCCAUGUUUGGUUGUAUAUGUCCAAAUAAUCAUAUGAAAAAACGCUGUGAUCGUAUAUUUAAUAUAGUUAAUCACAAUCCGUGUGUCGACAGAUUAAUAUUCUUUCCCAAUGGUUUAACGCCAAAGUUGAAACAACAAUUUAAACAGGAAAAGCUAAAGAAAAAGCAACAAAGGCAACAGAGAAAAAAACAAAACCAACAAACAGCCACAGCGAAAACAACAUCAUUAAAACAGCGACAACAGUUACACCACCAUCAACAACAUCAGCAGCAGCAACAUUAUAAUAUAAGCCAGCAACAUAAUUAUAUACAACAGCAGCAGCAUCACAGGCAAUAUAGUUAUACUAGUAGUGGUGGUGGUGGUAGUGCUGUUGGUGGUGAAAGUGAAAAUCUUAAUAACAAUAACAACAAUAUUGAAGAUUUCAAUGGGGAUUUUCAUUAUAAUGAAAAUCGUAAAGACUAUAUGGAAAUAGGUGAUGCUGCUAAAGGAAACUUUCCAAAUACCCACUACAAUAGUGACAAUGAAAAUGUGGUUAUUGGUGUUGCAGCUGCUGAUGGUGGCAACAAUGAUGAUGACGAUGAUGAUGAUGAUUAUGGCGAUGAGGAUGAUGAUUAUGAAGAAAAUGAUUACGAUGAUCUAAUACGUGCCGAAAUCUAUUCAAAUUAUCCUCAUUAUUUACAUCCACCCUCAUGGGGUCUUAAUAAUCCCUUAGUUUUAGCCUCCCAUAGUCCUCAUACUUACGACGAUGAUGUUGUUAUAGAAAUUGGAGAGAAUAAACCCACAACAACGUCCAUAAGUGUGAUUAAACAUCAGCAGAAGCAAGUGCAACAAAUGUCACCACCUUCAACCAUACACCUGGAUGAUUUAGAACAAAAUGUUGACGAUGUUGUUGUCGUUGUCGAUACUGGCUCACGUUCGCAUAAAAAUAUUGGUGGCAUUAGUGUUGGCAUUGGCACCAUACAGACAACCGGUCUGGGUGCUAAUGACAUUCAUGAUAUGCAUCGACAAACCUAUUAUACCCAUAGUGAAGAUAUUCUUUAUAAACAACAUCAGCAGCAGCACAAAUUUAAUAGUCCAGCAAAUGUUGCAACCACAACACCAUCGUCUAAUCUGUAUGCAAGUGAUAUUAAUAAACAUCAAACAAAAAAUAUAAUUACUAGCACCAAAAUGCACAAAUAUCCUUUUAAAGAUGAAUUUACCACCGGUAGCGAUGUUUAUACCCACCGUACCUAUGAGGGCGAUACAAUGGACGAAAGAGGUGGUCCGGAUGUUGAAGAGAACACCUCAACGGAUAUAAUCAAGCAACACUUUCAGAGUACCUGUCAUACAGCAUUGGAUACAUGUCGUGAAGAUCCGUCCUGUUUAUCGUCCUUACAACCAAUGCUACAACACUGUGAAAUGCAUCGUUGUAAUCGUAAUGCAUGCAUGACUUCAUUGCAGGCAUUUUAUAAAGGUCCACAUGAGGACUUAAAUUUAGAUGUGGCCUUUUGUUUAUGCAAAAAAACAACAAAUCGUCAUGAUAGUUGUAUGAUUGCUCAGGAAAAACUACAUCCGGUUUGUGCACAAAGACCACCCGACAAUAAUAAUCAACAGAGCUAUACCCCACCACCAUCAUGUCAUGCUGUGGCUGAAGCGUGCAAAGAAGAUCGUGAAUGUCGACUCAAGCUGGAGUAUUACGAACAAGCGUGUGCCGUUGAUAGCGUGACCAAAAAGUGUGCUGGUCGUCCCAGUGGCUGUCGCACGGCUAUGAUUGGUAUCCUGGGAACAAUAUUACGUACAACAUGUGGCUGUCAUGGCAGUGAUGCUCAGUAUUUGUAUCAGUGUGUUGGUUGGCGUAGACUAUUAUGGAUGAAUCCAUGUGUUGUUGAGGCACAAAAGGAUUUCCACAUGAAACGUUUAGCUGAAUUGGGCUUUUUAACUACAACUACUACUACUACCACAACCACUACAACAACAACUACUACAACAAGAGCACCGCCUCCACCACCACCACCGCCAGCACCUACUACAACGACGACAACAACAACACAUAGAAUGCCUCCACCAGCAGUGCCACCUAAAACACCACGUAAACCAGCAAUAUUCAUGCCAAAAGAAAAUGUUGAACCAUCAUCCGUGGAAGAGAACGUUAUUGAACAGCCAUAUCGAGUGCAUAACGGAAAUGACGAAAACGGAAAUGGCGGAAAUGACGAUUAUCAUAGUAUCAACAGCAAUGCUGGCAACAAUGACAAUACUAAUACCAAUGGCAACGGUAACGCUAAUAAUGGUAAUAGCAAUGGUAAUGGCAACGGUAAGGGCAGACAUAUAAAAAAUGGUGGACGCAAUGGCAAACACACCUACAGUAAUGGCAACAAUAAAGCAUCUGCUGUGGCUGAAACCGAAAAUGGUUAUAACGGAAAUGCGGGUGUAGGUGGUGGUAACGGCAUUAAUAACCAUGGCAUGGGAGGUAGUCAUGGCAAUGGUAAUGGCAAUGGUCGUGCUGUAAUUGUCGAUUUUGGUGAUCAAACAAUUUAUGUUGAACCGAUGGAAACAACUGAAUUUGUGGUUUUGGAUACAACGACCAUUCCAACCACAACAACAAUAGCCACAACCACACAAGCGCCAAGAAACUGUGUCGUACAAAGACCCCACCAAUCGGAUCAGCUGAUAAGAGAGGGAACUAGCAAAAGAAUUUACUCUUUGGACGAUGCUGAAUGCAGUGAAUUAUGCAGCUGCGGUGAAUCACUAACACUAACCUGUCAUGCCCUUUGCGUGCCAUUUGCUCCAUGCCGUACAGCUUUGGCAUUUUAUAGUCAUGCUUCGCCCGCGUAUCAAGCAUUCCGUGGUCGUUGUCUUUGUUAUUCGGGACGUUUUAUAUGUAUGAAACCACCGCUAGGUGACUAUUCCCUGCCAGGUGGAGUUUUUCUUAUGCUGGGCUACAGUUCCGAAGAUGAAGCUCUAUUAAGGCCACAUACUAAUUUGGGAGUUCAAGAUGCUGUUAGAGCUUUGCAACAAUACGUAACCACCUACAUUGAUAAUCAGACACAAUGUACUUUGACUUUAUUCAACAUGACAGAAGAAAAUAUUAUUAUAGCUGCCCGUUUACCACACGAUGCAAAAUUAAAGGCCAUUGAUUUAUUAAAAAAAGAAAAGGAGGAAUGUACCUCUGUUCUCAAAACCAUUAGUCAUCACAUAAAUGCCGAACACCAUGAAUUACAAUCCCACCGACUAUUAAGCAUUUUUAAAAUGGCUGAAGUCGAAGUUGUUUGGCCAGAAAAUAGUGCAGCCACCAGUCUAAGACAAAAUAACUGCAGCUCAAAUUUAUUAAUCAUUUUAACUUUAUUCACGCUUAUCCAAGUUACCAUGCAACUGAGCAGAGUCAGCUGGAAACGGAUGUCAACGACAAAAGUCGAUUCCAUACAACAAGUGAGUAGAAGGUCAGGAAUUAUAAAAAUAACAUGACAUUAAAAAAAUAAAUAUUUAUAAUAAGAAAUGUUUAGGACAUAAUAUUAAUUAAACAAAAUAAAAAUGAAAAUAUACAAUUAAAUAUACAAAAGCAACUAAAAUUACAAAAAACUAUAUAAAUAUGUAUGUAUAGUAUAUGUUUAUUUAUAUAUGAUAUAAAUCAGACACAUAAUUAUAUAUACAAAACUACAUCAUGCAUAAACUCACACACAUAUACUUACUUACGUAUAUACUUAUAAUAGGACUAUAUUAAAUUAAAUAAAUUAACAAAAAAAACCCUAAUGAUGUUAAAAAAGAUGUUAUAGUUUAAAACUAAAUUAUGGGAAAAAAUGUUUUAUAUUUGUACAGUGUUAAAGAAAAGUAUGACAAUGGCUUAUGCUUUAUAUAGGGUACACUAAGUUUAGAUAUAAUAACUCAAAUAUAUAUUUUAUAUGUUUAAAAAUAAUGAAAACUAAAUUUUAAAAUAUUAUUUUUAAUAAAGUUUUUAUUUUUUUUUAAU